AUGAUGGAUUUAUUCAUAUUGCUUUUAUCUCUAUUUUAUCUUUUGUACUUUUGAAAUAUCUUAAAGGCUACUAUUCAACUAUUGCAUGGAUUAAUUUUAUAUGUGUAAUGCUUAGUAUGUGUAUUUGUCAUAUGGUUCGUCAAAUAAAAGGCAUUGAAGGUGAUACUCAGCUCGAUUAUUCAGGGGCAAUGAUGAUCAUUACUAUAAAAUUAUCUUCGUAUGGUUUUAGUAGAAUGGAUGGUUUUACUAACGAUCCUAUCUCGACACAUUCAGAGAAAAUGAAGAUAGUUCAUGAACCUACUUUAUUACAAUAUUUUGGCUGGAUAUUCUUCUUUAGUGGUUUCCUAACUGGACCUAGUUGCGAAUACAUGGAUUAUAUCCAUUUUAUUGAAAUGACUCCUGAAAGACAAGGAUCAUCUUCCUCUUGGAUGCCUGCAUUAAGAAGACUUGUUAAAAGUUUAAUCUUUAUAUCCAUCAUUGUCUCUUUUGGUUCUACAUUCAAUUACUUUGAAGCAUUAAAGCCUGAAUGGGUAUUCUUUAUUCAAUUAUCUGGAUUUUUAACAAGAUGCAAAUAUUAUUGUAUUUGGUAUUUAUCUGAAGGGGCUUGUAUAUUAUCAGGAUUUGGCUAUAACGGCUUAGAUCUGAAGGGGAAACCUCGCUGGGAUCAUUUGAAUAAUGUAAACGUGUUAGAUUGUGAAUUUGCACAAUCGUACAAGCAACUCUCAGAGAAUUGGAAUAUUGGCGCAAAUCAUUGGCUUCGUCAUUAUGUCUACUUGAGAUUCCAAAGAAUUCAUCCAAAAGAUUCCAUGUAUACAACUAUGAAGACCUAUAUUGUAUCUUCCAUGUGGCAUGGCUUUCAUCCAGGCUUCUAUUUUUUUUUUAUUAUAGCAGCUAUUUUACAAUUAAUGGCAAGACAAGUACGUAGAACGAUUAGACCUUUAUUUAUGUUGGAUCAAAAAAGACCCAUUCCAUACUGGAAAACAUUUUACGAUAUUUGUACAUGGUUGGCUUCUAUUGGAUUUUUAAAUAUGCUUGUUCCCUGCUUUGAUCUUCUUUAUGUGAGUCGUAUUAUGCAUGUCUGGAGACAGAUUUAUUAUUGUCAUUUCAUUUUAAUGGCAGUUGGAAGUGUUCUGUUUUUGAUCCUAAAACCCUUUUUGUUAUCCAUACAAAAGAAGAGAUUAAUAGUACAACAGCAGCAGCAGGAAGUAGACUUAUUGAAGAUUAAAAAGCGUUUAUAA